AUGGAGCUCCGGACGACGCUCAGCGCUCUGCUCUUCCUCUCUGCCGCCUGUGUGCAGCCGGUGACCGGCGCGGCUUCGCGGACCGGACCGCGCGUUACGGAGAAGGUGUUCUUUGACAUCACAGUAGGGGGUCACGAGGUCGGACGGAUCGUCGUCGGUCUUUUUGGGGAGGUCGUCCCACUCACUGUCAAUAACUUUGUCGCCCUGGCAACUGGAGAGAACGGUUACGGCUAUAAAGGAUCAAAGUUCCACAGAGUCAUCAAGGACUUCAUGAUCCAGGGAGGAGACUUCACAGCCGGAGACGGAACAGGAGGUCACAGCAUCUAUGGAACCACUUAUGCAGAUGAAAACUUCAAAUUGAAGCAUCUGGGAUCCGGAUGGGUCAGUAUGGCGAACGCCGGUCCCGACACCAACGGAUCGCAGUUCUUCAUCCUCGCUGCCAAGGCGCCGUGGCUGGAUGGGAAACACGUGGUCUUCGGCAAAAUCCUAGAUGGCAUGUCUGUGGUCCACACCAUCGAGCUCCAGGACACCAACGACAGGAACCUGCCAUACACCGAGUGCGUGGUCGUCAACAGCGGACGGAUCCCCGUCAAAGAGCCCUUCUUCGUGGUGGAGGUGGAGGGCUGGUAGAGGGUUUAUUACAUAAUGUGAUAUUCUGGUGAUCAAUCAGAAGUCCCCUUUGCCAAAUUCACUUUUUCAUACGAUCACUUUUGCAUGUUAAACGUGCUAAUGUUAGCAAGAAGGGCUUGGUACAGUUUGAAAUGUUUUUGUACAGAGUUUUCUGUAAUGGUGCGAAAACAUUAAUUCAACAAAAAAAAUGUAGCUUCUCAAAAUCUUCAGUGUUGGUUGUUUUAAGAAUUAUCAAAAUGUAUGAUUGAAAUCUUGGAAUAUUUGAUCAAAGAGACUAAACUAAAACUAAUAAUUAGAAAAAACAGCUUUAAAUAAAGUGAAAACGUUUUUAGUUUGGAAGCCAAAACAUGUUGAAUGUCAAUAAUCGGCUCUAUUAGCACACUAGCAUGAACGUGCUAAACAUUAGCAUGUAAAGAUAUAGUCGUAACAAGCUAACAGCAUGUUUGCUAAUGCAAGCAUGCUAACAAACACGUUUUACAGCACACAGAGAAAAUAAAAGUAAUAUUAUUAUAUAUUAUACUAAAAGAACAUAUCAUUGAACAGGAACUACAGGUCAAAGAAAUAUGAAUCUGCGGUCAAUAGAGCACCACAAUGGUUCCCCCCACAAACAGCCAAUGGGAUUCUUCCAUUGUAUUAUUGACGUUGAAACGAGGGAACAGGAACUGAAAAAAUCUCGACUCAUUUUGGGUUUCAGGACUAUUUUUCUGCAACAUUGGCCACUUGUUCAUGUUUGUAGCAAAAAUGCUACGUUUGAAACAACGAAGCAACUUCUAUCUCCAUAUUUGAGACUUUUAAACUAAAAGGUCUUGAAAGGAUUCACUCUGUCAUUUUAAAAACAUGUCACUGAGUUAAUAUUAAAUUACGCAGUAUAUCAUUCAUUUAAAGUGAGAUGAAUAAAUAUCCAUUUAUCUAUUUAUUCGUGACCUCCGAGACGAUCAUUUCAUUAAAAAAAUAACCAAAUGAGGAGAUAUGAGAUUUUUAUGAACGCAUUAUUUUAUGAUUCACUAUGCGACAUGCUAACGGUUUAUUGCAUUAGCAUACUUGCUAUAUCUAAUUAGUGGUGCUAGUUAGCAGUUAGUUAGUGUCAACCAAGAUUAAGAACUGUGAUUGACAAACAUCCAGCAGGUCUGAAAUAGUCACAAAACAAUCUAUUUGUGUUUGUGUACAGAGACACUGAACCAUAACCUAACUGUUAGUUUAGUUGCCUAAACCUAACUGUUAGUUUAGUUGUCUAAACCUAACUGUUAGUUUAGUUGCCUAAACCUAACUGUUAGUUUAGUUGCCUAAACCUAACUGUUAGUUUAGUUGUCUAAACCUAACUGUUAGUUUAGUUGUCUAAACCUAACUGUUUACUAAAACCAUUGGAUUGCAUUCCGUAACCAUUUGAACUGAACUGCCUUCAGACUGUUUCAGCAUCAUGAAAAACUUCCAGAAUGAUGUAGCUCUUCUUUAACCUCAUUACCAAAAUGUCUAUGCAUCUCAUCAAUACUUAAAUAUCAACGCCAAACAUAUGCAACGGUCUAACUGUAGGACUAAAAAACUGUAUGACUAACUAACUGGAUGACUAACAAACUGGAGGACUGACUAACUGGAGGACUAACUACCUGGAGGACUAACUAACUGGAGGACUAACUACCUGGAGGACUACCUAACUGGAGGACUAACUAACUGGAGGACUAACUACCUGGAGGACUAACUAACUGGAGGACUAACUGUAGCAAGUGUCAAAAUGCCAUUCUUCCACUUUUAAAUAUUUCUAUCAUUGAAAAUGAAGAUGUGUCAUGCUUUUUAUAAUAGAGAUAUUAUCCUGUACCACCUCAUGUUUUCAUAAACUACAGCACACACUGCACAGGAGGGAAAAGGUGUGUACAUAUAUAAAUAUAAUAUAUGUACAUAAACACGUUGUACGUUGUGUUGUUCCUGCCUGUUUCCAGACCUUUUUUUUCCCGUCGAUGUAAUCGUUGUGAUUUUAAAUCCUCUGUCACGAUCAUAUCAGGAGUUCUGCUCACGCAAUAUUUAAAGAAACAGCAGAAUUAGAAAAGCCAACAGGUGCAUCAACCCAAUGAACAAUAAACGAGACGCUGUUAAACAUCAA